AAAUUGCUUAUACUGACAUAAUCAUCCAUGACAUUUAAAACUACAAACUCCUUGUACAUAUUUUUUUACAAACACCUCAUAUGCUUUUUUCCAACAUAGGGAGUAAAAUAUCUCCCGCGGCCGUUUUCCAUCUCUACCAUUCUAGGGUUUCUCUUUCGAGUGGUGAGCUUUUUCACUAUGUCCGGCAGUUUUGGUCUACCUCUGUGAUAGCGCUCUAAGGUUGCUUAGACAGGAUUUUGGAGCACCAGUGAGAUCCGUGUAAGUGUUCUUAUGAUUUCUGAUGCGAAGCAUUUGCCUAGUGCAAGUCUAGUUGGGGCUGGAUGUGUGAAUUUAAGGAAAACGUGAUGCACAAGGAAGUGAGGAAAAAGAUGCAAUAUUGCUAGUUCAUCCCCUCCGGAACCGCCACCAUUGAGCUUAUUCAAUGUGUCUGGUAGUUUUGAUCUACCCUCUGUGGUAGUGCUCGAAGGUCACUUAGGCUGUAAGUGUUCUUAUGAUUUCUGGUGCAAAUCUUUCGCCUGAUGCAAGUCUAGUUCGGAACUGGAUGUGUGGAUUCAAGGAGAAUGUGAUGCACAAGGGGAAGAGUGAGGGAAAAGAUGCUGUAUUGUCAAUUCGUCCCCUUCGGAACCGCGACCAUGGAGGGAUCAAGUGGUUAGGAUUUGGAAAAAGAUGCUUCAAGUUUGGAUCUGGCCGCAUGCGUUUUAUUGCUCCACUUUUCUUUUCAGUUUUACGCCCAAAUACCCCUGAGGGCCCAGUCUUCAUACACGCCCAUCAGCAACAUAGCCAAGUCAGGACAGCCGUUCGACAUU